AAAUAAAUCCGAAACUUCGUCAAUGCCACAUGGCGAAAGGCUAUUGGAAGGAGUUGGAGUAUUAGGCGCACAUGAGCAGGUAGGAAAUUGUACCCUGGCGUCCGCAUCGUCGUCAGUACCUUCGAUGUAAGAAACUUUUGUUGACAAAAUCAGUUUCUGAUUCUCUCUCUCUCUCUCUCUCUCUAUCACAUUCUUCUCUCUUCUUUUCCUCUCUCUCUCUCUCUCUCUCUCUCUCUCUCUCUCUCCAAGCCGUUUCUCACUCCAAUCCUCCAUUCCUUCAGUGGCAGUGUACUCAUCGACAUCACACUGUUCUCUGAAAUAUUGCAAUCACGAUUUUCUCUCGGUCUCUUCUUCUAUGUUGCUCAACUCUGAGCUCAUUUGCCGUCUCCGAUUGGGAUUUUUCCGACGAACCCACAUUUUCGUGUCAUAAAGCUCGAGAAAUCCAGGAAUGGCACCUCCGAUCCUUUCACUGGCUCUGCCUUCUGAGACUGGUCGAGUUCUCAGUAUUCAGUCUCACACAGUUCAGGGAUAUGUUGGAAAUAAAUCCGCUGUCUUCCCUCUCCAACUGUUAGGCUAUGAUGUUGAUCCAAUUAAUUCAGUGCAGUUCUCAAACCACACAGGAUACCCAACUUUUAAGGGUCAAGUUUUAAAUGGCCAACAAUUAUGCGACUUGAUAGAAGGCCUUGAAGCAAAUGAUUUAUUAUACUAUACUCAUUUACUAACAGGCUAUAUAGGUUCAGUUUCCUUUUUGAGCACUGUGUUGGAAGUUGUCAAUAAGCUUCGCUCUGUGAAUCCAAAACUGAUAUAUGUCUGUGAUCCAGUGAUGGGUGAUGAAGGUAAGCUCUAUGUCCCUCCAGAGCUGGUAUCAGUCUACCGAGAGAAGGUAGUUCCAGUGGCUUCAAUGUUAACUCCUAACCAGUUUGAGGCAGAACAAUUAACAGGGUUCAGGAUAGAGUCUGAAAAAGAUGGCCGCAAAGCUUGCAACAUUCUUCAUGCUGCUGGACCUUCAAAGGUUGUGAUUACAAGCAUUAGUAUAGAUGGUAAUCUUCUCCUCAUUGGUAGUCAUCAAAAGGAAAAGGGUCAGUUGCCCGAGCAGUUCAAGAUUAAGAUUCCCAAAAUUCCUGCAUACUUCACGGGAACAGGGGAUCUUAUGACUGCACUUCUUCUUGGUUGGAGCAAUAAAUAUCCCGACAACCUUGGCAAGGCAGCAGAGCUUGCAGUAUCAAGCUUGCAGGCACUUUUGCAGAGGACUCUGAAGGACUACAAAGAGGCUGGACAUGAUCCCAAAUCAAGCAGUUUGGAGAUUCGAUUGAUUCAGAGUCAGGAUGACAUUCGUAAUCCUGAGGUUAAUUUCAAAGCUGAAAGAUACGACUGACUGGGCGAUAAGCAUCAGAAUACAUUUAAUACUCAUGUUUCAUUUGGAAACAAUAUAUGUCAUGAUUGUGCUCUUGCUCAAAAAGUUCGGGUAGGUCAUGGUGUAAAGGUGAAAGGAAAACUUUUUUAUUUUAUUUUAUUUUUAAGUUGUAGCCAGCAUAGAGAGAAUAAUUUUCCCUCAAAAUAGAAACAUGUAAAUGUGACAGCUUUACUCCUGUUUGUGGAGAUAUAGCAAACUUGUCUUCACAGUAUACAAACUAUACGUACACAUGGUAUAUGUUGGGUGACAAACUAUACGUAUACAUGGUGCAUGUUGGGGUUAGGGUUUGUAUUCUCCAUUUAAAAAAAGAGUAAAAAAAGAAAGCUUUUUUUAUUAAUUUAUUUUCA